ACUCAAUCACCAAAAUACUUAGAAAUGGCCCAAGGGCACAUUUCCCUUUCAACCACAACGUGGAUGCCGCGAGCCCGCGACGGUGGCCGACAUGGCGCACCUCGCACACGACUACUUCACGCUUCCACCCGAGGACAAGCCUCCGCUUGGCCCCUACAUCGACACGGCUCCAUCUCCAGCUUCCUUUAUCCCGCAGUUGGUGGAGACCGAGGAAGAGGAUGAGGUUUUCCACACCUCGCCCAGCACGUGUUCGACGAUGGUCCCCAACCGCAAUGCCACCACCAGCAUGCUCGCCAUGGUCGAGGCCACCUGGAGCGACGAGUACGCGCUCGUGGACCUGCAGUCCGUCUGCUACUACUCCACGUCCAACGCCAAGCCCAAGCUCAAUAGCCUCGACGAGGUCGAUCCGAAGCUGCUCAAGACCUUCAUUCCGCUCACCGAGCAGAAGCACCUCUCCGACGUCGCCAUCGACGCCGUCAUCGACUCCGCCUCCAUCACCAUCACCCACCACGAGGCGCUGAUGGCCAAGGGUGUCAUCUUCUACUCCAUCCCCAAGUCCAUAUAGGGAGACGCGUGAGCUGCUGCGCACGGAUGGGACUAUGGGAGGGCGAGCUAUGGGAGCGGGCUGGGAACGGAGCGGCUCCGUCCCAUUGAUUUUUUGGAGUGGGAUGGUUCCAGAUGUGAGGAGAAUAUUCUCUAAUUGAAGUCACUUCGUUCUAGUUACUUUGUAACCAAACAAUAACAAAACUGGGACAGAACGGCUCCGUUUUACUUGGCUCUUCAACCAAACACUACCUAGAUAUCUAGUGGUGUUUCUUAGAUCCACCAUGUUUAAGAAUGGUAUAAAUUGAAUUCUUCC